UGUCAUCACGCCCUUUCGAUCUGUAAAACCCUAAAACAUUUCUAAAACCUCAAUCCAACAAAAAGAGAAGCCCCGGAAUUGAAAACCCUUAGGAAGAAAUGUCUUCGGUUAUUCUUCGAUCUCGAAUAAUUUCGAGUAGUUGCAGAUCAAAGAUCAUUAAUCGAAGGGUUUAUAGUUCAGGAGUGGUUUCGUCUUCUUCUUCUUCAAAUCCUUCUAAAGAAACGAUCAUUUCUUCACAAUCCAUUCUCUCCGAUCAGUCACCGGCUCCUCCUCCGCCUCCGGCGCCGGAAGCUUCCCCGCAGGUUUCGGGAAGGAAAGGUUGGAGCUUUCUCAAGUACGGACUUACCGCAGCCGUUACUGGAGCUAUUGGCUAUACUUGUUAUCUCUCUUAUAAAUGUUCAUAUGAGGAAGUAGAUGAGAAGGCAAAGACAUUACGGGCUGCGGCCAGUUAUACUCCUAGUGAAGAUGCAUCUGCUGUUGAUAAAUGUCAGGGCUUGCUCUACUCUGCUGCAAUGACAGUUCCAGCUAAAGCACUUGAAUCUUACCUGGAUCUGAGGAAGUUAGUGGAAGAACAUGUGCUGGAAUUUACUGAACCGACCUCAGAUAAGCUUCUUCCUGAUUUGCAUCCUGCAGAACAACAUGUUUUCACUCUUGUCCUAGAUCUGAAUGAGACAUUACUUUUUACAGAUUGGAAGCGAGAGAGAGGCUGGCGUACAUUCAAAAGACCUGGAGUUGAUGCCUUUUUGGAACAUCUGGCAAAGUUCUAUGAAAUUAUUGUGUAUUCUGACCAGAUGAAUAUGUAUGUCGAUCCUGUUUGUGAAAGGUUGGACCCUAACCAUUAUAUACGAUUUAGGCUCUCAAGGGCUGCUACUAAAUAUCAGGAUGGCAAGCAUUAUAGGGAUCUUUCAAAGCUUAACAGGGACCCAGCCAAGAUUUUAUAUGUGAGUGCUCAUGCAUUUGAUUCUAGCCUUCAACCAGAAAAUUGUGUCCCUAUUAAGCCGUAUAAGCUUGAGACAGAUGAUACAGCACUUUUGGAUCUUAUUCCCUUUCUUGAAUAUGUCGCCCGCAAUAGUCCAGCUGAUAUCAGACAGGUGUUACAAUCUUAUGAAAGAAAAGAUAUUGCGAAAGAGUUUCUUGAGCGUUCGAAAGAUUAUCAGAGGCGAAUGCAGGAACAGAGGCAGCAAGGUCGUUUCUGGCGGCGGUGAGGAGAAUAGUUAUGUAUAGUUGAUGGUUGUGGAUUCCGGAAAUCAUUCUGCAGGAUGAAUCAGAAGAAUUGAUAGACCAAGUAUUGUUGAAGUUUUCAAGCUCCUUUUUGGCAGUAAAAAAAGCCCAUUUUCUGAUAAAGAGUUAUACAUUGAUGAAAUGCAUCCUGCAGUUGCACUGCAUCAUUUAAAUAUCUGACAAAAGAACUUGUAUUUUUUGUUUCUUUUGGCCGAGAUGUAGGCAAGCUUCCAAUUCGUUGGAUCAUCGAUAAAUCAAAAUUUUGGCCCGCUUUGAUUGUCACAGU